CGCCCAUCUAGUUUAACCAAAGCGUUGUGCAGUUGACGCGCUGACCGCUGGCUUGCAUAUAUCGGUAAAAAUCUACAAUUCACCAUGGCCUAUGAAUUGUCCUGCAAUGGCAAGCUGACAAGGCUGGGUUCUGUUCCCUGUACUAUUUGCUGUUCCAUCUUGAGGCUCGCGCAGAUGAGAACUAUCAUAUUACGAAGAUCUCUAUAUCCUGCCUACUCUCAGUUUGGCUAUGUCAGUGUUAUUCAAGCAUUUCAUGAAUCUUCGAAUUUGAUAUUUUAUCAAACAGUUUCCUUCCUUUGCACUAUAUACGUGUGUGUAUAGAUGUUAUAAGACAUAUCAUUUUGUGUUUCGAAUAUGGAUCCAUUAUCUAUUUUGGGCGCCAUCGCAGCCUCCUCUCAAAUCGCCCGGCAAAGCUACGAUGCCAUUAAAUUCUUGAACGAUAUCAAGACGCAAAUACAGAAUGGUCCGAAGAAGAUUCGGGGACAAAUACAACACAUCGAGCAAUUCAUCAAUCUUCUAGCAUUAGUUAUUAAGAAUACCUCUUUACAAACCUCCGAAGUGUAUUCGGUUGUGAAAACUUGUUCUGAUUCUGCAAAGGAUAUUAAGGACAGCCUCGAAAGUUAUCUUGCUACUCCGGAUGAAGGAAAAAGAGUCAAAUUUCGAGAGGCAUUUAUAGCAGUGAGAUCAGAAAAAAAGAUAUCCUCUAUGAUUGCAGAUCUCGAAAGAGAGAAGUCCUUGUUGAGUCUCCAUAUCCAAAAGAUUGAUUUAUCUCUAUUGCAAACAGUUGAUCUCAACGCAAAAGAAAUUAAAUUGACAAUUGGCACGGUUGCAAAUGAUGUUACGGAUGUCAAAUCUAUACUUAUAUCGAUGAAUUCUCGAUCGGAUGUUGUGGCUCCCACAGAAAACAUCAACAAAAACCACUUCAUCGUGCCAAAUCGCCGUGUUAGUGGCUUUAUUGGGCGUGAAGAUAUCCUGAACAAGAUCGAGAAGGGGUUAUCCUCUGAAUCUGAGUCUCGUAUUGUUGUCCUUCGAGGGUUAGGAGGCCAAGGUAAAACUCAAAUUGCACUUGACACUGUCAAGAAAGAUUUCAUGUCAUUACUGGAGCAUAUCAAAGGCCCUGCUGACUCAACGCAAGAUGACCAAGUAGUUACUUCCGUUUUAAAUAGACUUCGAGACUGGGAUGAGCCAUGGCUAAUAAUUUUCGAUAAUCAUGAUGACCCAUCAAGUUUUCAUCUCCCCGAUUUUAUGCCACCAGGGCAACAUGGACAAUGUUUGAUCACGAGUAGACACGCAGAUACUGGAGUCCUAGCCGAAACAGAUUACGACAUUGAGCUACGUGGGCUCCCGAAAGAUGAUGCUUGUGAUCUUUUCAUCAAACAAAGCCGGGCUGGAUCAUAUAUCCAAAGUCAAAAGAUUGUAUCAUCCCAGUUUAUGGAUAAAUAUAAUCGCCAACGAGAAACAAUUUUACGGGAGACGCCACGAAUGUCACAGUAUCGACGUAAGAUUGGGGAGGCUGCGGACGAAACGGCAUUGAACGUCUUUACAACCUGGGAACUUUCCUACCAACAACUAGAGAUGCUCGAUGAUGAGAAGAAGUACAAGUCAAAGAUUCUGACUUUAUUUGCUUUUUUUAAUUGUCAAAAUAUAUCCCAACAAUUAUUUGAGGCUUAUUGCACAAUAGAACUCUUCUCCUGCCCUGACAUACUAGAGAUCGAAGAACUUCUACUCUUGUUUGUUGCUGAAGAUGAUAAAUGGGAUGAACAAAAAUUUGUGGAUAUUUUGAAUGAACUCUCUCGACUGUCCCUGAUCCAAAGAUGGUAUAGAGACGAGAAGAACCAUUGUCAUCUGUCUCUACACCCUUUGGUUCAGGACUGGAUUCGCGUGCGCACUUCUUCGGAACUUUGCUACGACUCUGCGGUUCUCAGCGCUUAUUUCGUUGCAACAGUUCUCGAAAAAUAUUACUCUCAUGAAGAGUAUACGAUGCCCUUAUCUCUGCGGCAAGAACUACUGUCCCAUCUUGAUUUUUAUGAAGAGAAUCAAGAUUUGAUGGUGACACUCAAAAAAGAGGAAGCGUUCGGUAGAGAUAUGAUAUACAAACCUUAUCUAGAGUUCACGCAAUUUUACGGUUACAGCGGCUUUUAUAGAGAAUCUGAGAAGAUUGCUCGUCAGUGGGUGGAGGCGAGUCUAUGGAAAUAUGGACCGGAGGAAACUGAAACUUUAGAUGCUCGUACAUGGUUGUCAAGUGCAUUGUCUGUGCAAAGUUUUUUCGAAGAAUCGUUUCAUAUAGACCGAGAGGUGCUAAAAGUUCGCAGAAAAAAUUAUGGUUCCGAAAAUCCUGAUGUAUUGAAAGAUACACACAACCUUGCAUGGAGUCUAAUGGAAAGAGGAAAACUUGUUAAAGCCGAGAGGAUUUUCAGACGAGUCAUCAAGAUAAAGGACAGGGUUCUCGGGCAUGAUCACAUAGAGACAUUAAGAAGUGUCGUCGCCCUUGGUCGUGUUUUCCAAAGUGCAGGGAAAUAUGCUGAUGCUGAAACCCUUUUCCGUAACUUGGUCCGCGACAGCCAAAGAAUAUUUGAAUCGACUCAUAGGAUCACAAGCCAGUAUCUAGAUGAUUUGGCCUCCGUUCUCGAAGAUCAAGAAAGAUAUUCCGAAUCCCUAACGUGUUUUGAACGUGUUUAUGCACAUCGAUUAGCAACACUGGGGCCCAACAAUCCUAAAACACUACGCUCGGAGGAUUAUUGCGCGAUUGUACGCAAGAGACUCGAACAGCAAUUAAGAGACGGGCAGAGAAAAGCCAGAAGAGGAUCAUCCGAAAGUCAAACCUCCGAUUCUGAAAGCGAUACAGAAUCCGAAGUCUCUAAGCUCGAUGAAGACGAAGAAGGUGAUGAGGAGGAAGACGCGGAUUCAAUCAUUUGGACAAAAAACGAAACCAUCGAUAGCCAAGUACCAGAAGCUCUAAAGGGUGGACGAGACGCGAGCGAGGAAUCAGUACCAGAGAAGCAAGAGGAGAAAAAAGGCAAGCUCGAGACAGAUGAGUAUUUGGAAGAUUGA